AACUAAAAAAACCCCAAAAAUGAAAAUAGGAACGUUUUUGUCAAAUCCUAUUGGAAAUAGCAAUAACACUCUAUAAUUUUUUUCAUAAUAUCUAUCUCUUUGGCUGCCACUGACGGCGCUAGAUGUCCAAUUCAUUUUGACUGGGAGGGAUGGAUGCAAACGAAUGAACUUUCAUUUGCUUCUCCCAGUCAAAACAAAUUGGACGUUAAGCGCCGCCUAUGGCAGCCAUUGCGUUAACAUAGACACUAUUCUAAUGGAUUUUUUUUGUCGGUUCCUUUAAUAAAAUAUAGAUAUUUUGUCACACUCCUACUUUUAACCGUUUAUUCAAUGCCAACCCUUCCACUUAGAAUGGACUGGACAUCUAAUGGCGUCAAUAGCAGCCAAUGGGAUAUCAAGGAAGUGACGUAAGAAAUGCCACACAAUAAAAUGUACCCAAAAAUCUACAGGAAAUGACACAGAAAUGGCAUUUUCUAGUCUCUUUUCACUGUUCUGUGUUAAAGACCUGCGAAAACCCGACCCCCCCCUCCCAAAAAUAAAGUUUUAAGUGGAAAAAAUGGGGGGGGGGACUGAAAAAGAAAAUGUAAAAAGCUUUUAAAAAGCAGUUCUUCCCCCAGAGUAUUUAACUCAUUGGCCUCCAUUGACGGUGCUAGACAUCAAAUUCAUUUCGACUAGGAGGGAAAUGUUAAUGGCAGCCGUUAAUGGCAGGCAAUUAGUUAACACUAUUUAAGUGAAAAAUUUUAGUUGGUUCCUUUAUUAAACUAUGACUUUUUUUUUAUGUCACAGCCCUACUUUUAACAAUUUUCCUUUGUUACGUCAACACGUAUAAGAACGAUGCGUCCCAAGAUGAUGUCAGGCUUGUUUAUGAGCAGUCACGAUGCUCCCCUUCAUGUCUGUGAUGAGUGUUUUGUUUUGCUGGGGCACCGGGACUAGGCGGACGGGCAGACGGACCACGCGCCGAAGGAGGAAAUGAGCGGCGUGGAGUGCUUCGGCUGUGGCCGAGCCGGUCACUGGAUCAAAAAUUGUCCAGACGCGGCCAGGGGACAACGGGGCAGGGGACGACCCAGGCCCAAAGACACCUUCUGCUACCGCUGUGGGGAGCGAGGACACGUGGCCCGAGACUGCGAGAGGACGGAAGAUGCGUGUUACAACUGCGGGCGCGCCGGGCACAUCUCGCGGGAGUGCCCAGACCCUAAGAAGGAGCGUGAGCCCUUGUGCUACAACUGUGGCAAGGCGGGUCACGUGGCCCGAGAGUGCCAGCACGCGCACGAGCAAAAGUGCUACUCCUGCGGCGGCUUCGGACACAUCCAGAAGGGCUGCCACAAGGUCAAGUGCUACAGGUGCGGUGAGCUGGGUCACGUGGCCAUGCACUGCAAGCAAGCGUCCCAGCUCAGCUGUUACAACUGCGGCAAGACUGGCCACCUGGCUAAAGAGUGCGUAGAGGACGAGCAGGAGGCUUAGCGCCCGGCCGUCAUUUUACGCCCGGGCGUGAGGGGGACUCCCGAACCACAAACUGCGGAGCCUUCCGGCCAGAGAACACAUCAAAUACGGCGGCGCCUCCCGUUUGGGAGCUGUCACCAGGUGGAUUGAAUGAUAUUUCCCUUUUAAUUGAUUAGCUGCCGCGGACGGCAGUACCAACGCACUGGAUCUGCUCUAAAAAUCAACUGUUUUGAUGUUGAAACUUUGGUACAUUAACUCAAUCAUGAAAAAAAAAACGGGAAAAAUUGAAAAACUCUGGUUUUUGUGUUUUUGCUGUCAUUCGCCAUUUUCGCAGGGUUGUGGGGGUCAGUUUUUGCAGUUGGUUGCUGUUUUUCAAUUUAUCAAUAUUUUUUUAAAUAGUAAAUGGUGUUGUAUAGCACUUUUUUCACCUUUCAAGGCCCUCAAAGCGCUUUACAAUACAUCGCCUUCCAACUCAUGAGCUGCCAUUGACUGCAAUGAAUUUUCAAUCCAUUUCAGGAGUAGGAAGGCUAGCCGCGAUCAUUCUAUCGCUUUGCGGUUUUCUCUAUUUUUCAAAAAUGUAUGCAUUUUUAAAAAAUGAAAACUCAGUUUUUUUUCAGUUAACUUUUUUUCUUUUGCUGUCUUCCAGUUUUUUAUUUUAUUUUAAUUUUCCGUAUUUUUGUGGUUUUACGAUUUUUCAAUAAAUUUGAAAUGUUUGUCAAUGGCAGGGAAUGGGCUAAGGGGAUACUACUCCAAGGACAUUGAAAUUGAUUCCGCCCCCCCCCCUCAAUUUCUGGUCAUUUUCCAGGAAAACUUGGCCAACCAGCGAAUUUCUGGUAACUUUCCAUAGAAAAUUGGGCUGAUUGUGUCAUCCUUUACUGCAAUUUGGUGUACAACUGACAACUUUACCACUGAUGGUGACAGACUAUGAAAAUAAUCUGGAGUUUGAAACCAGAGUAUGAAAUUGAAUUUCUAACAAAAAAAAAAUUCAGCAUCAAAAUUAUAACACGACUGAAUUUUAAUGCUUUUUGGUUUCGUUUUUUCAAUGCCAUUUUUUCAGUAUCACAGUUCAGCUACAGAAAAUUCAGUCGCAAAAAAAUCUGUGACUAAAAAUACAGCGCCAGGAUAUCCAUGACAAAAAUUCUGUUGCAAAAAAAAAAAUGAUAAAAAAAUUCAGUUGCAAAAAGUCAGCUGCGGUGGCCCAUAUUUUCUUCCAUAACAGACAUCCAAUUCAUUUUGCCAGUCCAAAUGGAUUAGACGUCUUUUGCCGUCAAUGGCACAGGAAUAAGAAUGCUCCGUGGUCUCGGAUAGGCAAUAAGUCAUAUUUUGAAGUGCGUGAAAUGUGUGUGAAAGCAAGCAGCCAAUCAAAUAUUUUGGGGAUGCCGAUAAGCCAAUUGGAGCAGUGGACAAACAACAAAAACAGAAAAUCCUUUUCUAUUAUCUCAAAGGUGCUUUUUCCAGCUGCCAAAAACACUGUUAUCUUUUUUCAGGUUCCAGUAGAAGUUGAACAAAUGUUAUUUUUGUACAAUAAGUCACAUGGUUGCAAAAUGUCAUUUGUUAAGUGAAGGUGACAAUAAAGCGGAAAGGAACUCA